AUGUCAAUCAUGUCAAUGCUUCAUCUCACAGAGUCAGUCGAGUUGCCUGACCUCUCUCCUCAAAUCACGUCUCGGUACAUUACUUUGGAUGACCGUGAUAGUCUGAAUGUCCAUAUCCUGGAAGCGCUUCCAGAUCCAAACAACCAUCCGAGCACAUCCUACCCUUUGAUCCUUCUUCUCCACGGCUUUCCAGAACUCGCUUACUCGUGGCGCAAAGUCUUGGUACCUCUUGCCAACGCCCAUACAGGUUACCAUGUCGUUGCCCCUGAUUUGCGUGGUUACGGGCGAACGACAACGGUGGUAGGACCCGGAAGUGCCGGCCAAGUGCAAUACGAAGACGCGCUUUCCUCGUUUCAUAUGCUCAACCUUGUAGAGGACGUAUGUUCCCUUGUACAAGCGCUCGGAUACUCAUCUGUCGCCAUGCUCGUGGGUCAUGACUUCGGGUCUCCUCUCGCGGGUCACUGCGUUGUCGCACGUCCUGAGCUAUUUACAUCGGUCGUGUUCAUGAGUGCACCCUUUGCCGGUGUCGAUAGCCCACCCUGGCCUCAAGCGAGCGGCGAAGAUGGAGAUGAUAAGGCAAAGAAGCACUCCAUCACGUCUUUGGCCCCUGACAUCGCCACUGCGCUCGCUACGCUCCGACCUCCACGCAAGCACUAUACGGCAUACUUUUCCACUCCUUCUGCCAAUGCGGAGAUGCUUGGUCAAGGGGGAAAGGCUCUGUAUGACUUUCUGGGCGGAUAUUUUUACAUGAAGAGCGGCGCUUGGGAUGGGAAUAAUAUACGCCCUCUACCUUCUGCAUUUUCUCCUUCGCCUAGCAUCAGUGAGCUGGCAAUGGAUCUUGCCACUCUCCCAGAGUACUACGUCAUGCCGCUGCACGAAAGCAUGCCAGAGGUCAUUGGUCGCCAUAUGUGCGCGGACGCCCGAAUUACAUGGGCCAAACAUGAAGAAGUGGCCGGGGGAGUAUAUGCUGCUGAAUUCGGUCGCACUGGCUUUCAGGGUGGGCUUAAUCAAUAUCGGGGCGCACUUUCGCCUCCGCCACCUGAGCGUAUAGCCCAGCUACGUGCCUUGGCUGGGCGACGGGUGGAGGUGCCUGCGGCGUUCAUAUCAGGAGCUAGAGAUUGGGGAGUGUAUCAAACUCCGGGGGCUGAGAGGAGGAUGCGAGAGGUGGCGUGUAGCAGCACGGGAGGCAAGCAGGGCAUGGCAAAGGAGGAUUUCGUUUUGAUCGAGGGCGCAGGCCAUUGGGUGCAACAAGAAGCACCCGAGAUGGUGGUGCAGGAGCUUGUGAGGUUUUUAGGAAAGGUAAAAGUGAUCUCGCAAAGUCCGACCACGGCGAAUUCAUCUUGA